CAAGUCCGUCGCCAAUCGCGCGGUGUGCCGCCACGGAACUACAGAACCAUCUCUGGUGAAAUCGAAAGUCGCCAUGCCUCUUAAAACACCCAAGAUAUAAAAAUGGAACUAUAGACACAUAUCUAAAUACCUUUAAAGGAAGAGAGAAAAACUUUGAACAAGUUCAGUGUGUUAUAAGAGAGGGAAUGGGCCCAACAGUGUAUCCGUGGCAGGACUGGAGAGGAAGUUGGCUCCCUGAGGCUUCCCAAUGUUUACCGUAGUGGGGGAGUGGAGGUGGCGCCCGGCGGUGUUAUCUACUGUGGCCUCGUAAUGAUAUGAUCCCUGACGACCUGCCAUGGAGGACUACUUCUAUCUGGAAGAGGCGGGCUACCCAAACGUGGCCUAUCGAGGAACUAAGACGGAGUACGGGGAAGUCAUCUCUGGCGCCAGGCAAGGAGUCAUCAACAACGGGGGCGCCACAGCUCCUGCCAACGGUGAGGGGUAUGAACUGACCCUGCUGGACUCCCCUUGUGUCUACGAUGUGGGGCAGUACCCGAGUUACCAUGGCGGAGGGGGAGGCGGGACAGCCUUUCCUGACGCAGCAGUGUUUCCGCCUCAGUAUAAUCAAAGUUGUAAUUUCAAUGCAACAAUUGGUAAGGUUCCAAAUUCUCUCCCUCCUAAAGAUUUCAGUCUGAACCUCCUUCAAGACACCUCCCACCACACAAUGCCUGAGAGGGAGAAAGUACCUCCCCACAGAACCUACGUGCGCCCACAGCGACGGAGACGACACCGGCCGCCAGGCAAGGAAGUCGUCAAAACGCGGAGAGUGGCCGCUAACGCCCGAGAGCGCCGUAGGAUGCACGGCCUAAAUGACGCCUUUGACCGUCUCCGUGAAGUAAUUCCGUGUCUGGGCAGCGACAGGAAAUUAUCCAAGUUUGAGACGCUGCAGAUGGCACAGACAUACAUCGCCGCCCUACAGGAGCUGCUCAAGUCGUCUGGGGCUUCAGUAUGAGGAUCCUGCCACGAGUGCAAUGGGGAUUAUCAAUACGUGUAUUUUUUACUUGUUAACAUAGAAAAAUAAUCUUUGACAUUAUAUAUUUAAGAAGUGUGUACAUAAACAUAUUAAUUAAAACAUUGUCUUUAAUCACUGAUCUGUGCCAGGUUAAUUCUACUUAGUUUGUCUUUAUCCAGUGAAGGGAUUGUUGUCGAAAAGUAGAGAGAAUUAUUCCAAGAAGAAUUGUUACUCAUCUUACAUUCAAAUACCUAGUACAUUCAGAGCUUUAAUUUUUUUUUUCAUGAAAAUUUUGCUAAGAAAAAGUCUCGUUCAACAGACAUGACUAAAGUGAUAAACAUUCGUAUAUAAAAAUAAGACAAAAGAACUCAUCAAAUUUUAGACAUAUCUCUAAUUCUUAACACUAAUAACAAAGAUCAAUUUAAUUGUUAAAAAAAUGUAUUUGUAAAAAAAAAUCAGUUGGUGUUAAGAAAGAGACAAUACAUGAGGGUAAAAAGUGUCUCUCUAAUUAUUCUAAACUAACAAAGUCCCUCAAACUUUCCGCUUAAUUUUCUAAAAAUUGUCUGUUGAGGAAACUAUGACUAUGUGAACGUUGCAUAAUAAUCCUGGCAGCUGAAGCACUAAACAGCAGCACCUGGGGGGGCCCCUCAAGUUGGGUCACGGUAUUUAAUCGACAUCCCCAGCAGAUACCACUAACAGCCUCAGGUGUAGAGUGUGGUGAGGGGAAGGGGUGACACUCAAGACGGACACCAAACUAUUUAAUGAAGUAUUAGUAUUAAAUCUCAGCCACUUCCCAGAGAGAUGACAGACACAUGGUCAAAUCGUGAGGCUCUAAGUUGAUAAUAGCAGCUUUAGGUUCUGCUCUCUUGUCAAAGCUAUUCAUUGUCUAGCAUUUUCUGGAUACCAAAUAUACUCGUGUAUCGUAAAGGAUAUUUAAGUUCCCUGCUGCACCUGACCUGAACAGUUUUUAAUGUAUUCAUCAUUAAGGACACUGAUCGUGUCUAAAACAUAUUAAUUAAUUGACUUAACACAGAGGCUACAAACACUCUCAAGGUGCGCCAAGGAAACGGAAUAUCUUUAUGAACACACAUGGACGUUCUGUGAUAAGUUAUUUUACUGUUAUUUAUUGUUAUUUAUUUAUUAAGUCAGUAAUUAACAUUGUUAAGUCUAAAUUUUGGCAAUUGGAACUCUAAUGUCUACAAAAAAUCUGUUUUAUUAUAUAUAUAU